GUCAUUGCUAAAAUUUAAGAAACUAAUUGGAUUUGAUUUUUUUUAAAGUAAUGCUACCAAAAUCUUCAAUAACAUGCAAGAGCCGAUAAAAAAGAAGGCACCGGCACCGUUGACGAAAUGCUUGUGUCCGCCGCUCGAGGAACCGCACAAAGUGAAAAAGAAACCGAAGGAACCGUCGUUCUAUUUGGACAACAAAAGACGAAACGGCUUAGAAGAUGAAUUAGAUAUACUCGAUUUAGACGCGACGGAGAAGAAAAGCGCGUCGUCAUUGAAAGACGCGGACGUUACGGAGUCGGUGAACGGGGUCUGUAUCCAGUGCAAUUUGCCAUCGAAACCGUCCACAUCGUCCAUAGAAUGCGGCAAAUGCGACGUGGAGGUGGUGGUGGCGCCGCCGGUCGAGGUCAAAGGCGUCGACGCUUACGUGCAAUCAUCAUCGACGGCCGUCAACGUCCAGCCGGUGCGGGAAAACUAUAAUUUCUCAUCGCCCGGUAAGACUUACUUCGACGAGAACCAGCUGAGAUCUACCAAAUCGACGUCGCCGUUCGGUAUGAGGUACAGUGCGGUUCAAAUGCCUCCGGAACCGCCGCUGAGACCGCAAAUACAAGCCAUUCCCACUCAGUGUUUGCGCACCUCCAAUCAACCGUUUAACAACAACAACAUCCAGACGUUCAAUACUUGCAUGCAGAACCAUCCGGUUGUUCAAAUGGUCCCUUGUUCUAACACCUUCAUGUCUACUAAUUGUACAAAACGACCGCACACCAGUUCGUUGGACGUUUCUUCCGCCGGUAACAUGUUUUACGCACCGAAUAGAUCCCCAUCACCGGCUUCUUCGUUGAUGCCCACGCCUUAUCCGAACGCGUACAAGAGAUCCCCGUCGGCCAGCAGAUGUCCGAUGAUGAAUUACACUUCCCACAUGAGAUCUCCUUCUCCCAUGGCGUCCUCGCCUCCGGUGAGGAGCCCCUCGCUAGUCAGGAACCCAUGCCCCAUCCCGAUGAGAUGUCACACAUCUAACCACGGUUUCUUCUGCACGUCCCCCGCGCCCGACAUGUCUCAUACAAUGAGUCCCGUGGGCAACCAAACGUCUCACGUGCCGCUGACCAAUUCGUUCCAUGCGAACGCCCAGCCCAAACCGAUGCUGCCCAAAUCGCCGUCGAUGAACAACACCGCCCAUUUGAUGCACUCUCCGCUGCAUUCGAUGUACGUCAAAGGCGAGGCUGCCCACUCGGGGCACCGACCUCGUUGCUCCAGCAGCGAUAGAAGAUCGUUCAUGAAGCGUUUGUUCAAUAAGCACCCCUGACUAUUUC